UUCUGUUCCUCCUCACUUCUCAACUCACUCACUCACCACUUCAACAGUUCAACUCAAACCCCUCUCUCACCCUCUCCAAAAAUAAAACCCAGAAAUUAUCAGUGAUUUCUCUGCUACAUGCAAUUCUGAAUUUCGCCGUUUUUUUCAUGAGUUUUGCGAAUUCAAUUCCUACACAUUCUCAAGAAGGUUGGUGACAUUGGCAUUUUCCACAAUUGGGUAAUUUUUGCAUGGUGGAUAUGAAGUUUUUAAAAGGAACCAGCCUGUAGACUAGCGAGAAUCAUAUCGCAAGCACAUAAAAUGCAACCACCAGGCCCCCCGCGGCCAUUCCGAGGAGCCCAAUAUGACAAAGACAUGUUUACCUUUCUGCCUGCACGUUUUAACAGGGAUGUUUUAGAUGAGUCACCAAAAAAAAGAAAAUUAACUUCCUCUGAUCACCAAAUCACCGAUCCUGCUCCAAAUGUGAGGCAAGGCAUUUCUGGAGCUUCGGACUCCAAGCUCAAUGAUGGCAGCACACAACGUAAAGAAUUUCAAAAUUCUACCCCUUCUUCGGGACCAAGGAAAUCAUCAAAGGGUUAUUCUGAUCAUAGUAAAUACUGGGACCAGAAUGAUUAUGCGGAAAAAUGGCAUCGUAAUAAGAGGGGUUUUCAUGAAUCAGGAUCUGAAAAUACCGGAUAUACUUCUUUCAGUGGGCCGUUGCAAUCUCCAAAUCACAAAGUUUCCUCACCUUUAUUUCCUCUCCCAGAGGCCCGUACUCAUAAAACAUCGAAUUUGGCACCUUCAGCGACAGAAAACUUCAAUCAACAUGAUAAUUAUGAAUCAAAUUUGCAUGUAGCAACUCACAACGAACCAAAUUGGCCCCCUAAGGUGACUGAAGACUUUAGCCGGUGUGAGAAACAUAGAUCAAAAGCACAUGUAACAACUCAUAUUGCAUUGGAUUGGCAACCUCCAUUGGUUCAAGACUCUUACCGGCGUGAGACUCGAGAAUCAAAUGCAAUUGUAGUGACUCAAAAUACAUCAAAUUGGGCGCCUUCGAUGGCUCGAGAUCUUCCACAGCAUGGGAAUUAUGAGCCAAUUGCACAUGUAGCUGCUCAUGAAAGAUCAAAUGGGAUUCCACCAGAGGCUCAAGACCUCAAACACCAUGAGAACUGUGAUGCAAAUGCACAUGUGGUAAGGGUAGCACAAUUUCCUCAUCCCCAAGAGUCUCGGAGCUAUGCACAUCAAAGGCCUGUUCAGCCGAGGGCUAUGGCAUCCAAUUGUUAUGAGCAAGGGCCCAAAAUUUUGGGGGAAUCACAAAGAUUGCAACAAAAUGUUUUCGAGCCAGGACCUGUUAUCGGGGGUUUAGAUGAAAAAUGCCGUGAAGAAACCUACAAGAUUGACUGUCCUUCUAAUGUCAAAGCACAAGGUGAUGCUGGUGGGUUUGCCGGAUUUGACAGUGCUGAAACGUACAAGGACAGGUCUUUCUCGAAUGUCAAGCAAAGUGAUACUGACAGUUUUACUGCAUUUGACAGUAACAAAGCGCCUGGGAACAAUGUCAGUACAUCUGUAUACAACUUACAGAGUGAAACAAAUAAUCUCUUAAAUGUUUUGAAACUUUUGAGUGCUGCUUCCGGUGCUGGUUUAGCUGAUAAUAAUAAUGAUGGUAAUGCUCAAGGUUCUGGGCAUGAUGUUAAAAUGAUGAAAUCACCACCAGGUGCUAUUGUUCAGAAUCUAAACCAUCCUCCAGCAGUUACAAAUCUGUCUAAAAACCACGAAGAUGGUCUUAUUCUUAACAACACUUCUGCAAAUGGUGAAAAAGGUUAUGCUAAAUUAGAUAAUGAAUGCAAGUCUGAAAAUGGACCUUCAGCAUUUGCUGAGAAGUUGUGGGAUGGCACCCUUCAACUGAGUACCUCUGUUUCAGCGUCUGUCAUUGCCUUCUUCAAAAGCGGAGAGAAGAUGCUGGACUUUAGCUGGUCUGAAUCUGUGGAAGUUAGAGGAAAAGUAAGAUUGGAGGCUUUUGAGAAGUAUGUGCAAGAUCUUCCCCGUUCCCGCUCUCGUGGACUCAUGGUGAUGUCAUUUUGCUGGAAGGAAGGUUCAUCUGAUGCCGGACAUAAAGGCAUGAAGGAGGUUGCAAGGAAAUAUAAAGAAGGAAAGAGAGUUGGGUUUGCAAAGUUGUCUACUGAUAUUGAUCUGUACAUUUGUCCUCAUAGUGAUGCAAUAAUCACUAUUCUUGCAAAACACGGCUUCUUUAAGGGAAUGACCGCUGUCAAAGACAAAUCGGAGCUGCUUAUUGGAUGUGCUGUGUGGAAAAAAUACUCGUCUUUUGCUCCUGCCAAAAAAACAGCAGAGGUUAACGCCCCACAAUUAGGUCAGAAUCCGAUGGAAGCAGCAAAAUCUGAUAUAGGUCAGGCUCCGACUGAAGGUGUACAAAGUGGCAGAAUAGACAAAAGUCCGGAGCUUUUUCCCUCACCUCAAGUUGAGCAUGCUAAGCAGUCUAUGGUCACUCAAAAUAAUUUGACCUCCGGUAGUGGUGCCUCUAGCCUGCUAUCAGAGAUUAAGACUGAUGUGGUACUACAUAAGCCUAUUUUACCCAUUCCUUCGGUUUCCUCAAAACAAUCUGCAGAUUUUUCUGAUGAUGAUGAUCUACCAGAAUAUGAUUUUAGAGCUGCAGUUUCUCAGGCUUCAGUGACCAAUACUUCAGCUGUUGCGACACCCAUUUCUGCUGCAAUGAAGUCAGAGGGUUCGACUGCUGCUUCAAUACCUGUGCCAAAUUCUAAUUUUCAACAAUGUGUUGAGCAAUAUUCUGAAGCACAAAAACCAAGCUUCCCAACUCAAGAACAGAACCAAAUCGGGCAUUUUCAAGGACCGGCCUCGCAAAACACAGGGCAGCAACAUUUCCAUUUUCAAGGACUAGUACCACAGAGCGGGAAGCAAUAUUCUGAAGCUCAUCAACCAAGCUUCCCAAGACAGGACCAGAACCUAAGUGGGCAUUUUCAAGGACCAGGCACUCAAAACUUGGAUGAGCAGUCUCUGGUGAAAGUCUCAAGUUUGCCUACACAGGAGCAAAAAAAAAUAGAGAAUAGUUCGAAGCCAAGAAACCUUUUCGAUGAUGAUGAUAUGCCUGAAUGGUGCCCACCAGAUUUCUUCAAGUCAAGAGAAGAGGCCACUACAAAGGCAGAAGCCUUGUUGUCUUCCAAAGUUUCUGGGAUUGCGAAUUUAACUUCUCCACCUCCACCUCCACCGCCUCCCCCAUUGACCCAGAUGCUGCAUCCUUCUAAGCCAGUUGCCAAUGAAAACCCAGCCGGUACAUCAUCCCAGAUGCAGUUCAAAGAGAGAGAUUACGCUUGUACCCAUCAUCAUGUACCCCCACCUCCACCUCCACCAGUUGGUAAUCACCCAUCUACCAAUAAUUUCAUGCAUCAUAAUAAUAAUAAUCCAGCUGCUAUGUCAUCCCAGAUGCAGUUGAAUGAGAGGGAGUACUGUUCUUUCCCUAAUGUUCCCCCACCUCCUCCUCCAACCAAUAAUUUCAUGCAGCACAGUCCAGCUUCGACACGUGUGCAAUUUGGAGACAAUAAUCCAGCUGUUUUUUCAUCCCAGAUGCAGUUCAAUGAGAGAGAGUACCGUUCUGUUCCCCCAGCUCCACCUCCACCUCCACCUCCACCUCCUCCAGUUGGUAAUCAUAGUUCAGCUGCGAUGCAAUUCGGAGACAGAAAACCAGCUGCUAUAUCGUCUCAGAUGCAGUUCAAUGAGAGAGAGUAUCAUUUUGCCCCCCACAUGCCCCCACCUCCUCCUCCUGCUAAUCUCAUGCAUCAUAGUCAGAUGCAAUUUGGAGACACAAAUCCUGCUUCUAUACCCUCCCAGAUGCAUGUUCCCCCACCUCCAGUUAAUACUGAUAAUUUCAUGCCUCAUAAUCCAGCUGCUCGAUCAACCCAGAUGCAAUUUGGAGACACUAAUUACUCUAAUGCCCCUCAUCCUCCCACAUCAUACACUGACAACCCAAUGAGUGAUAGGGUCAUCCAUCAAAAUCCAGCAUAUCCUCCCGGUUUCACACCAAAUCCUGCUUUUCGGCCUUGUUUUGAUCAGCCUGUCUGUCCUACUCGGAGUACAAGGCCAUGACUUUUGGGGCUUUAGCUUUCUAGGAUGAUACAAGGUCAUUAUAGACUGCCGCUAGUUUCAACUUGUGUAAAUAAGAUAGAAAUAGUUUUCCAGUUAAUCUCUAUACUUUGAAAGUCUAGUCUUCCAUGCUAGUUUCCUGACAUCAGUUCUAUUCUGAAUUCCAAUGUCUUAUGGAUGCAAAGAAAAUCCAUGUCUGAAUUAUACAGAAUUCACAGCAUAACCCAAAGUGGGAGAAAUUAUACAUAAUUUCAUGUGAAAAAAAAAUUCUGUGAA